CUGUAGAUGUAAACAACAUGGCUGCCAAGUGACAUUCAAACUUGGGCCUUGAAAUUUAGUCGCAUUUUUACUCUUCCAGUACGCAUUGGGUUCAGUUUUUAAAUCGUAAACCUUCUUAUUCAGUCACCAUGGCAACAAGCACUCCAUCUCCAACACCAUCAGAGGACAACCGUCAGAAUAACCGGGAUGAUACAAUGUAUAGUGCCCUCGAUAAGAUCAUGGGAAAUUCUGUGCAGAGUUAUGAUGACUUUCUCAACAGCUUUACCUACCUGAAAAAAGGUCUACAAGAGAAACAAGAUGGGAAGAAAGACAAACCAAAGAGAGCUGCAAAUAAAAUGAACAAAACCACAUCUACCUCUGCCAGUGUGAAACUGCCAAAGCCAGAGGAUGGCAGCAAGGCAGUGUAUAAAGAAAGUAAACCAGAGGUGUCGUCAUCAUCAUCAUGUGAUAUAGAGGAGGAGAUACUGUGUGAAGGAGACAUUACCAGUAGAAUGACCAAGACAAAAGUCAUCAAGACUGGCUCAUUAGUCAAGUUCGAUAACUUUGUAGAUCCUGUAGCUAAUGAUGAUGAUGAUGACAUUGAAGAAAUUGAUGAUUUAUCAGCUGUAAGUUAUACAGCUAGUUUUACUACAGGUAAAUCUACUAGCAACACUGCAGCAUCUGAGAAACAAAAUGAGGUUGCUGUCACAGCAGCGUCAAGUAGACUUCAGGAUGACAGUGAUGCCACAAACAUGCUGGAGACACAGCUGUCACUAGAUGAGAAAUCAACGGACAAAUUACUGAUGAAUUUUCUUGCUGAUCUACAGAAUGAACUAAAUGAGGGCAAACCUGUUGAUACAUCACAGAGUGGAGCAAGUAAUUCAGAAAUGGAUAUUCAAAAUUUUUUGCAUAAAAAUAAAAAACCAAGUCAACAAGUUUCAGAUUCUGAAGAAGUGAACUUUAACGAUGAUGAUGAAAAUGAUGCAGUUAGUCUUUUACAUGAUGACUCUGAGAAAAAUGAUGUGAAAGUAAAAAUAAGUGAACAGGAUUUAAAGACAAUGGCUGGACCAAAUGUUAGGGCUGAGCAAGAUAGAAUUUCCAGAUUGGAUGAUAUUUAUAGAAAUACUUUGAGAGAUUCCGAGGGUAAUGUACAAAUUGCUCAGUCAGAGGAAAGUGUAGUAGAACAGAAAGCUGUGGAUGGAGAUAUAGAUAUAGAUAAGAUAGUGUUUCCUGGUCAGGUAGAAGAAAGGAAUGAUGAACCAGGAAGUGAAAAUGACAGAUUGCUCGACUUUAAAGCAACUUUCAGGGAAACAUCUACAAGUACAGACACACAGGUGGAGAGCACAGAUCUCAUACAGCCGUUCAAGCUAGACGAGGAUUUUGACUACGAUAAUGUUGUUCUUGCACCAAAGUUUAGUUCUGAGGACUUACAACAGUUUAAACUGAAUGUGAAACCACAAACUGUGGUAAUGUGAUCUUACCUUAUGUGUCCACUAGCAACAUGUACAUUCCAAACAUAACUUGUGAUUAUUCGUGCAGAAGGAAGGAAUGUCUUUGAUUUUUUGUAUUAAUAUAUGUUAUCAUUGUCAUCAUCAUCACCAUCAUUAUUAUUUAUUUUCAAGCUGAAAAGCAAACAUUUUUAUUAUAAUCAUUAUUUUGUCUAGUUUUAUAGUUUGGACUUUGAAUUGUUUAUGAACACUUAUUUUGAUAUUUUACCUUUUUUUCUGUGUUAUAAUAUUUAAUUAAAGAAGGAAAGCCAA